AUGGGUACUACAUUGGUUCCUCAACGGUGGACAUACAAUGCCUUCGUAAGUUUUAGAGGUGAAGAUAUUCGUAAAAGCUUCAUCGACCAUUUAUUCAAAGAUUUUAGGCAAAAGGGAAUUCUUGCUUUUAGAGAUGACACUCAAUUGCCGAGAGGAGAAGAGAUAUCGUCUGAACUCUACAAGGCCAUUGAAGAAUCAAGGUUUUUGAUAGUUAUCUUCUCCAAAAACUAUGCCUCUUCAACAUGGUGUUUAAGGGAACUUGUAAAAAUCCUCGAGUGCAAGCAAUUGGGAAAGCACAGACAUGAGCUUCGGAUUAUAUUUUAUGAUGUUAAGCCUAAUGUCGUGAGGAAACAAACUGAGAGCUUUGCAGAAGCAUUUGACAGAUACGAAGUUUCAAACAGAACAGAGGUGGAUAAAUGGAGAAAAGCUUUAUUCAUGGCAAGCAACUUAUCUGGAUGGGAUCUCCAAGACAUGGUAAAUGGCUAUGAGUCCAAGCUCGUUGAUAGUAUCUCCAAAGAAAUACUUGAAACGUUAUGUGAUGGACCCUUGGAUGUUGGUGAGAAUCUAGUAGGGGUGGAUGCUCGCUUAAAUAAUUUGAAGUUGUUGCGCGUUCUGGGGUCAUGUAAGGUUCACAUGAUUGGAAUAUGUGGUAUUGGUGGAAUAGGAAAGACGACAUUUGCCAAAGCUAUUUAUAACCUCAUGUAUAUCCACUUUGAAGAAUGUAGCUUUUUGGAUGAUGUCCAAGGAUCCACAAGAAGACAUGGACUAGAUCAUGUUGUAAUGCAACUUAUUAAUGACAUCAUGAAAACAACAGAUGCGAAGAUGUCCAACAUUAGUCAGAGACUUUUGGAAAUGAAGCAGAGAAUGGCUUAUAGGCGCAUCCUACUUGUUCUAGAUGGUGUUGAUGAUUAUAAACAACUAGAAGCACUGGCAGGUUCACGUAAUUGGUUUUCCCCAGGAAGUUUGAUUAUUUUCACUUGUAGGGACAAACGAUUGCUUGCUCAUAAGGUGGAUGAAUCCUAUGAUAUGGAAUUUUUAGACAAUGAUGAAUCUCUUGAGCUCUUCUGUUUGUAUGCAUUCAGAGAAAAACAUCCUGCAGAAGACUUCAAAGAGAUUGCUUACAAAGUUGUGAAAUAUGUGCAAGGUCAUCCUCUGGCUCUUAAAGUUUUGGGUUGUUUUUUGUAUGGUGAGACUGUGGAUGUGUGGAUGAGCGAAUUGGAUAAGCUGCAAACAUAUCCCCACGCAGACAUACAAGAAGUGCUUCGGCUAAGUUUUGAUGGAUUAGACUCCAUUCAACAAAGAGUCUUUCUUGAUAUUGCAAGUUACCUUGUUGGGCAAAAGAAAGAUUUUGCAGCGAGUGUACUAGAUAGUUGCAACUUUUUUGCUGAUACUAACAUCAAAACUCUAGUUGACAGGUCAUUAAUUACUAUUUCUAGCUCUAUGUCACUAGAAAUGCAUAACUUGAUUCAAUGCAUGGCAAAGGAGAUUGUUCGUGAAGAAUCAAAGUGGGUUGGGGACCGAAGCAGAUUGUGGAUUCAGUCAGAGGUUUGUGAUGUAUUGAAUAAUAACAAGGUAACAAAAGAAGUUGAAGUUCUAGUCCUUUUGCUAGAAAAAUCUAGUGAAAAAGUUAACAUGGAUAGUAAAUCUUUGGCAUGUAUGAAUAAUUUGCGGAUCCUUCAAGUUUGUUAUCUGGAAUUGAAAAACUUGGAGCAUACAAUUGAACGGAAUCAAUGGAACGAAUCUGAGGUGAAAUUCGAUUUGAAGCUAUGGGAUGAAUCCAAGGUGAAAUUCUCUGGAAUUCUGGAGUUUUUGUCCAAUGAGCUUAGGUUGUUUUAUUGGCAUGGAUGCCCUUUUAAGUUUCUACCAUCAGAGUUUUGUCCAGUAAAUAUUGUUGCCAUUGACAUGUCUUAUAGUCCCAUUGAAAGUCUUUGGACAACACCCAAGUGUUUUAGAAAUUUGAAAUUGAUGACACUGAGGCACUGCCGUCACCUAAGAAAUACACCCGACUUUACCGAGAUCACAAAUCUUGAAAAGCUAAUUCUUGAAGGUUGUAUAAAUUUGGUUGAAGUCCACCCAUCUAUUGGAAUGCUGAAGAGGCUUGUUGUUUUAAACAUGAGAAAUUGCCAAAGCCUCAGGAGGUUUCCUUGCAAAGUGGAAAUGGAUUCUCUUGAAGUUCUUAUCAUCACGGGUUGCUCAAAAGUGGAAAAAUGGCCUAAGGUGUUGGGCACAAUCAAGAAUUUGAUGGAGCUCCGUGUUGAUCUAACUUCCAUUAAUGACAUCCCAUCUGUUUUAUUCUCUCUAUGGAACGUUCAAACGUUGUCCCGAUGGUGGACUUCAGUUUUUCGACCUUCUAGUAUACUAAGUAAAUUGCAACAUCCCCAAAGCUUCAUUUUGCCUUCGUUUUCGGGUUCAUGUUUCCUAAGGGAGCUAAAUAUUAGCUACUGCAAUAUAUCUGAGGUGAACCCCAGCUGCUUUGAAGGCUUAUCAUGUCUAAAACGUCUAAACCUGAGUGGGAAUAAUUUUACCAGCUUGCCUGCAAGUUUGAGUCAACUUCCUCAACUUUCAUCUCUUCGUGUUGCCAAUUGCAAGAAGCUUGAAAUGUUGCCAGAACUUCCACCUAGCGUUGCUCAUUGUUUUGCAAAUGGUUGCACCUCCUUGCGCAAAGUCGAUAAACUAUCAAUCGCGCAUCACAGGAAAAUGCAUAUAUCUCUCCUCCAUUGUCAAAACUUGGUUGACAGCAUUGAAAUCCUGGUGUCUAUGUUGCUGCCUCAGGUAUUGAACUACUUGGGAGAAGGUUUUGAUGUGUUCUUUCAUGGAAAUAGAAUCCCUCCUUGGUUUACAUUUCAAAGCAUGGGAGCGUCUAUAAGUAUCGAGUUACCUGAAGGUUGGUGCUACAAGAAGUUAAGGGGAUAUGAAGCUUGUGUUGUUUUGACACCUGCGAGGGUUUAUAAUCCUAAAGUUCAAUACAAUAGUCUACGUGUGCAGAACUCGAAGGUCGAGUUCGAUAACACUGGUGGUGAAACGCUGGAAAGGCAUGCGUACUUGAUGGCUGAUGAGUUUGCGAUUGAAGGCGCAAGGAUCGAUGGGUCGGAGCUGAUAUGGUUGUUUUAUUCAAAGCCUAAUUCGGUUUGGAUGGAAGCAAAGAAAUUGAAAACACUUUGGUUCCAUUGUCCCAAUUUUACUGUGAAAAAGUGUGGGGUAAGACUUGUUUGGGAUGAAGAUAUACAAGAAGAAAUGGAUGGAAGUAUGUCACAAGAUCUCCCAACUUCAGCACAAGAUGGUAGUGUCUUCUACCCAGAAUCAGAUCAUGAAUUGGCUUUACGAACAAGUGACGAUGAGCCUCCAUUGAAGAAAAUAACUGUGUGGCACCGGUAA